AUGCCCCAGUCCAGACCAAAACCGUCCGAGAUCGCCGCCGAAGCUAAGCGGGUCUACAUGCCGCAUAUUUGGAGACACUACAUUAAGAGCUCCGUGACUUCGUACUUUUAUCCAGAUGCAGCUGCCAUUAAGAUAAAUUCCGAGAAGAGGUCACAACAGCGAUUACGGGUGGCUGUUGUGGAAGGCGACCCUGUGGAUUAUGCUUUGGGCUGGUACCAGUAUGCGUCGGCAGAUCCAUCAACUCACCACUCAGUGAAGCGCAUACCUGUUGUCAAUAUGGCCAACGAGAAGCGCGCGGGUGGAGAUUGGGAAUCUGGCCUCAUAGCGCCAGAAGAGUGUUUUGCGAGAAGGAGCAACCUCGUACACGCUCUGACGAUGCCGUGGAACCAGAACCAACCGGCAGACUUUUACCCGAUUCCCCAAAGAGGAGGGAUAUACUCCCCGGAAGUGUACGUUUUUCGAGAGGGAGCUGAGAAAAAUUACGUUCCUUGGAAAGAAAUUAGAUCACUUCCUGUGAUUUCAGUAGCACCGGUUCGCAGGCCAAAGCUGAACGAGACAGGCACGAAUUAUUCUUUUACGCAAGAGGAGGAGCUGAUGAGAGAGAAGAUGCGGACUGUCCUCCGCAUUGCGUCGUAUUGUGGACAUACGAACAUUUGCAUUGGGGCCUUCGGUGUAGGUCCCAUCUUCCGCAACCCGGUCGGCGAAGUGGCCAAAAUGUGGAGAAAGCUCCUAUUUGAAGAGGAAGAAUUUCGUGGCGUCUUCACCGACGUGGUGUUCGCCAUUGAGGGCAUUCCGGGAGGGAGCACCGCCAAAGGAGGAUUGUCAGAUUUGGAGGUGUUCAAGGAAGAAUUCGAUCCCUCUGCCAUCUUUCCAACACGAUAUCGGUGA